CAAAGUGCCCUCAAAGAGAGUGGCAGGUUAGCCAGGCCAGAGCCUGGACCUGGGGUCAGGAACGGGUCACAGGGAUCAAUGGAGGGGCCAAAACCCCUGGGACCCUGUGGACACUCUCACCCCCAGCAUCCUCCGGCCCCAGUUUCAAGCAGCCAUGGAGGAGGAUGCCUGAAUCAGCCCUGUCAGGGAUUUGUAAGGUGGCCCUGUCUGGUCCCCCUUCAGUCCACUCAGUCAUUAGAGUCUUCCAGACCUUUCCCAGCUCCAGGGACAGGGACUGGGGGACCCAGAGUGGGAGGAGAAGCCCCUGGGAUGUUUCUGUCAAGUGAAGGGGAGAUCCCACGACAGAGAGCUAGAGAACCAGCAGGGGCCAGACAAGAAGGGGAGGCUGAGGUAGAGUGGGGCUGGCCCCUACAUCCAGGGCAUGAGCAGGGGCUACCUAGGCAGGCAGGAUCUCCCACCUCAGGACCCAGGCCCUGCCCAUGCCCAACCCUACCUCCCAGAGGAAGGGCCACAGCUUCAUCCAGACCAGCUCCCACACAGCUUCAGGGCAGGACGCUGGGGUCUGCGGAGCACUCCUUUCUGCAGCUGGAACAGGAGAACCACAGUCUGAAAAGGCAGAACCAGGACCUUCGGGAGCAGCUGGGGGCCCUCCUGGGGCCAGGGCAGCAGUUCCUGCCUCUAUGUUCUGAACACUCAAGUUGUACAGCCCUGGCCUGGUCCCCCGAGUCAGCCACCCGGCCCCUGGAAGACAGGGCACCUAUGCAGCUGGAGCUCUGCCCAGGGAAAGAGUCCUUUGUGCGGCAGUCCCAGAGUGAGCUGCAACAGAUCCGAUUGUCCUUUGAGAGGAAGAAGAUGGCCAUUACUGAGGUGUGGGACGGUGUGGCCGAGGUACACAUGGCUCUGAACAAUCAGGCCACCGGGCUCCUGAACCUCAAGAAGGACAUCCGGGGGGUUUUAGAACAGAUGGAAGACAUUCAGCUGGAGAUUCUGGGGGAGAGAGCUCACUGCCGCACGCAGGCCAGGAAGCAACAGCAAAUGAUGGAGAAAGGCAGGCCACAGCUGGGAUGUUCCGAGGGCCUAAAGGGCCACCUCUGGCUGCUGGCCUUGAGGCUGCUGCUGGGUGGUCUGCUGGCCUGCACAGCGGCCUACGUGUACGUGGUGGACCCCACACCCUUCGAGGGGCUGGUGCCACCCCUGCUGAGCCGAGCCGCUGUCUGGAAGCUCAGGGCCCUACUGGGUCCCUUCUUGCGCCUGGAGGUGGACGACUUCCUGCCUUUCUAGACCGGAAUCCCAGUGGCCCCAGCAAGGAGAAGGCCAGGUGGCUGGCGCUGCCCCAGGGGCCCAGGGACCUUACUGGUCCUUGUCUACAGCACCACUGCACACAGUCCCUACCAGGAGCUGCAGAGAAGGGUGGAGGAGGGGCUAGUCCUGAGGGCUGGGCCUGCAGCUGGAUAUACAGUCAUGACACACUUUGC